AUGCAGGAAGUCGAAAUUCUACCACGAGAUGUCUUCAUCCAUUAUCUUAAUGUUCCAAAGGGAAAAGUCAUUUUAUGGUGGUUUUCUACUAAAAAGAAAAAUAUUUCUUUUGGCUUGUUUCAGAGAAAAGAUAAUAUUGUGGCCUCCGGAAACGUUUUUAUCGCUGCUCCAAAUACUCCGGAACCUUAUCAGGACGGAAACGUAACUGGUCCAAUAUCACCUGCUAAAAUUGCAAUCUCUGAACAUAAACCUUUAGUAAAAAGUUUAGCUGCUAGUCUUAAAAGUAGAAAUUCUCUAGAUACUUAUCAGACCGAUGAAAAUGAUGAUAUAAAUGAGGAUGAUGUAAAUCCUACUUUAAAUAAUCAACAAAGUAGUCGUGUGAGAGGACGUAAAAAAUCCGUAUCAGCUCAAAUAGCUAAAGAUCCAAGUUUAAAAGAAAUAUUACCAGUUGAGCAUUAUAAUUCUGCUACAACUACAAUUAAGGAUAUUGAUGAAGAUCAAAAUGAACCUGAAAUAUCCGGCUGGUUAUUAAAAAAGAAGAGGAAAAAAAUGCAAGGGAAAAUACAUAUUGUCCUUUCAACUGUUUCGUCCAGUCAAUCUUAUCGUUCAAUACAUUUGGAUUCUGGAACUGCAACUUAUCAUCUAAAAGCUCUAACAAAUGAAGAGUUUGAUGCCUGGAUGACGGUUAUUCGUAAAUAUGUAAAUCUUUCUAAUGAAAAACAAUUUAAUGAUCUUGAAUACCACAGAGCUUCUUUUUACCAACAGCCUGGAGAAAUUGAAAGACUUCAAAGUUUAUAUUUUAAACGACAAGGCUUACUAGAAAGGCGUCAGAGUUUAAAUAAAACCAUUGACCAACAAAAUGGUUUACUUCAAAAUAAUUUGGAUGAAGAUCUCGGGAAAAUUUAUGGUGUAUUUAAUAACAUGGAUAAUGAAUUUAAAAUGAUUAAAGAGAAUUUAGAUGCUCUUAAAAGUCCAACUACUCCUCAACCCGAUACAAUCCAACCUCCUGUCACAACGCAAAUACCAUUAGAUCAAAUUCAUGAUAAAUUAUCUGUGAAUGUCACAACUUUAAAAAAAGACAAGGACCAAGCUUUUAAUUUGUUACGUGCAGAAAUCGAAAAAUGGAAAUCGGUCGACCGUGCAUAUCGUAAACUUGCUGCCGAAAAUGCUAAUUUGCAUGAGUCACAUGUUAAAAAUGAUAGCUUUGAUGAGAGGCUAGAACAUGAGUCUAAUGAUAUAGAUCAUGCUGAUAUUAAUAGUAUGAAAAAGACAAGAUCAAUGUCUAUGAGCACUAUAAAUACUCAUUCUGAAUUAUUUUUUGAUGCUGAAGAUAUUGAUUUAACUGAAGAUCUUUCUGCAACUGAAAGUGAUCUAGAUGUAAGUAAUACCAAUAUCAGUGAUGAGGAAAGUGACUCUGGUCCCACAUUUAUUCAACUUCAACCAGUCUCAGCUGGUGUGUAUGACAAACCUCUUGCUGAAAAUAAUUCUAGUGCCAGUCAACCAAUGACAAUACAAAGAAGAAAAAUUCUUCCUGCCCCAAUUUGUGGUGAAGAUGUUAGUUUACUCUCCAUUUUACGAAAAAAUGUUGGUAAAGAUUUAUCAACUGUUGCAAUGCCAAUUUCCCUAAAUGAACCAAUAAAUAUUUUACAAAAUAUGGCUGAAGCAUUAGAAUAUAGUGAAUUAUUAGAUAAAGCUGCAAGCUUCGAUAAUUCAUUAGAGAGAUUAAUAUAUGUAGCUGCAUUUGCUGUGUCAGGAUAUUCUUCUACCUAUUUUAGGACGGAAGCUUGUGAGAUCACGUUUAAUCAAAGUGGAUUAUGGAGUAGGUCUCCAAAUAGUGAGAUAGUUGGAAUAUUAUUUACGUCAAAUGGUGAAAAAUCUGGAAAGCUUGUUGGUAAAUGGAAUGAAAUAAUAUUUCAUGAGAAAGAAGGUCCAAAUCAUUUGGAAGUAAUUUGGAAAGCAAAUUCUCCAAUACCAGAUUAUGAACAAUAUUAUGGAUUUACUCAAUUUUGCAUAGAGUUAAAUGAGUUAACACCGGAUCUUGAUGGAUAUUUACCAAAUACUGAUACUAGACUUAGACCAGAUCAAAGACUUUUUGAAAAUGGUGAAGUUGAAAAAGCAGAGGCAGAAAAACUUCGUUUAGAACAAAAACAAAGAGAGUAUAGAAAGUUACUUGAGGAAAGAGGGGAACAGUGGGUUCCACAGUGGUUUGAACUAGAAGGUGAUGAGUGGGUUUAUAAAGGUGGUUAUUGGGAAGCGAGAGAGAGUAAAAGUUUUAAAACAAAACUUCAUUUGUGGUAG